AUGUGCAUUGUUGACAUGCAGAUACUUGGGCACAGAGUGAAUGGCGGAUCACGGCAGCGACGGCGCGCGCCCCGUUCUCUAGCAACAAGACGGAGAAAUUGCCCUCAUGCACUAACAGAGUCGUCCCACGAUCUCCACUCGCUUCUUCCGAGCUGGGGUAUGGGGAAACAGGCCAAGCAACCAAUAACGCUCGGCUGGACAGCAAAAACUACUACGAGGAAUGUGGUGCGAUGCUCAUCCCCGUCGUCCAUCUACCACCCAACCAACAAGACGAAACAAUACUGCCAUUAUCGCUGAGCAAACAUGCUUGCUUCCUCUCCAUCAGAAUAGCCGCCUGUUCAACGAGAGCAGGCAAUAACAAAAAACGUUGGACAGAGUCCCAACCCAAACCAAUCAUCCGAACCAAAGAGCCAAAAAAUCAUAAUUCGACGGUAUUAUCAGCAAGGACACCGUGGGCCCCAACGAAACUCUGGUUAAAAUCGAAAA